AUGUCCAAGCCUGAGCUUUUGGAUGUUGGCAGCUGUUUGAGUAGUACAGGGCUUGAAGAUCGCGACACGCUGGAUCGUAUCUUUUCAAGCUCCCCCGAUUCCCCAUCAUCUAAUUCAUCACCUCAGCCCACCAGCCCACAUACUGUUGCAGCUGCAGCCUGGGCUAGGAGCGCGGUCGUCACAUCUCCAGCACAAGGGCCCCAAUUGACAACAUCCCCACAGCGGAAGGAAGCAAACGACUCGACGUCGCUGUCUCAACUCCAUCAUCGGCUGCGCCCGUUAGCUGCGCCGCCCCAAGAAGCAACCACCAACAAGACUGCAGCGGCCGGCAGCGUCAUUGUUAAACAAGACCGAUUUGACACCAAAGGCCAUGCGACAGCGCCUGGCAGGUCUUUUUCGUCCGAAUUAGUGUCGCCGCCGUCGUCGUCGAAUUCCAGAUCUACCACUAUUUCUUCUCCAGAUCUCCGACUGUCACCGCACGAGCAUUCUGCAACACUAAAUUGCGACGGAAACGACCCGAACGCAACCCGCCCAAAGCUUAAACCCAAAUCGCACAACUUAGACGACGUCGCCGUGGUCCCUGCGCCCAACACAGGAAAUAACAAACCAGGCCCUGAGCCGUUGUCGCCUGACACCAAAGGCGCUAGGCCAGAGCCUUUGGGCGACGCCGCCGGGAAUAACGUCCUUACAUUGGAGGGGGCCGCAACCGUGGCACCCAACGGCCACGACAGGCACGAGGAGGAGCCGGAGCGGAGCGUGGGUGAUGAUCAAGAGGCAACCACUGACUUUGCCGACGCGACCUGGGACGUGGACGGAGACGACCACUUCACGCUCGUUACACCUCAAUCUAUAGAGCUUACACCAGCAAAGGGCCAAGUGCGCAUUGUCACGCCCCGGCGCGGGUCGGCCAACAAUAUGAUUUUCGGCCAGAAGCAACAGGGUCAGCAAGACCAGCAGCAUCAGCAGCAGGCUCAGCACCAGCAAUAUUUUCUACCGCAGCAAAAUCAGCAACAGCAACAACAACAACAAAACCCUCAGCAAUAUGGCCAACCACAGCAGUUUCUCCCUCAGGGGCAGGGCCAAUUUGUCCAACUUACACCCCAACAACAGCAGAUGCUUCAGCAGCAAUUUCUUCAGCAACAAUACCAGCUCCAGCAACUGCAAAUGCAACAGAUGCAGCAACAACAACAGCAGCAGCAGCAGCAGCAGCCACAGCAAUCACAGCAGCAGCUGCAAAACCAGAAUCAAUACCAAAAUCAACAGUUUCAACUCCAACCGCAACAAGCGUAUCAGGAAGAGUCCCCUGAAAAUGUCGGCCGCCAAUCGUCAUUUGUUGGGUUGCCCCUGAUUCGUCGCACUUCCACAUUCAGCAAGUCGCUCAGUAAAUCAUCCGAUGAUUUCAAGGGUAUUGCUGGAGUCAGCCCCGACCCCGGUCCCGGUCCCGGCGCACGGCCGGAACAGGAGCUCUUCUCGCAGAUACCCAUCCCGCCGAUUCCUCAGGACCCUGAGCCCGGUACAAGCACACAACUUAGUUACACACAGACGCCCAUCCACAUGAGCAAGCCUGUUUUCCCCUUCACACCUGUCGCUCCUGCUGGUAACUUUGAGGUCAAGUCACCCGUCGGCCAACCAGGGCGAUAUGUAGAGCAUGGCUGGCAGGUCGACAGCCCUGUUGAAACAAAGGCGCCGCCCGGCAAGUCUUUUGGCGGGCUUUUACAGCGGCAACAGCAAACCAAAGCUCAGCCGCCCGCUCCCCAACCCCAAACUCGAAAGGCUCCGGUCGAGACUGUGAGUGCCGGCGAUUACAAUGCAAGUAAGAAUACCUCUCCUCCAGUGCGAAACCAGACGGGAUUUAGCCCACCGAUUCCCACCGGCAAUGGGAAGCACUUGCACACGCCUCCCACAGGGGGGCCCGGGUGGACGCUGCAGGAAACAAAGCCGAUGGAGCCACUGCGAGCCGUGCGCCCACGUCAAUCCCAACUCAACAUGGGCGACCAGUAUGCACUGGACAAGGAGACAGGCGCAUCGAGCAGAGUAUCUUCUUCGCCGCCAAGCUCUCCAGAAUAUCGUCGUGACGACGAAAAGGAUUCCCCAGCUGGCUCCAUGAGCACGCCAGGAAGAAAAGCAAACAAGACCCAGGCUGGCCACCCAGCCACGGGACUUGGUGUUAGCCAGCAGCAGCAGCAGCAGCAGCAGCAGCAGCAGCAGCGUUUCGAUGAUAUGUCUCCCCUUGAGCCCCCUAAGCCGAUAUUCGACCCCAACGGCAUUACGCGGACGCAGACAAAUGAGUCGGUGGAGUCAAACGGGAGCUUAUUGGGAAAGCUUCGAAGCAGAUUCAACCAUGAAAAGGCAAUAACGAUGUCGGCCAAUGCGGCGCCUGGCAAUGCCCCCUCCGGAGGACGGCUGAGCGUAGACCAGAACAGGAGGAAUACGGACAACGUGUCCCUUGCUCCUAGCUAUGAUGGAACAACCGGUAAAAAGAAGAACCGUGGCUCCUGGCUGGGCUUGCGGGGCGACAAGAAAGCUGGAGAGAACGCCGAGAGCACCGGAGCUGAUGGAGAAGCUUCGGGGGAGCAGCCCGUGUCCUCACCCGUUAAGUCAACAACAUUUGGGCGCAAUGGCAACGGCCCGCAGUCGGCACAAGCACCACAGACGGGCCCACAGCAGUCUGGAGGGCCAACUGCUACCGCUCCUGGGAGGCCAUCGAUGUCAGAUGCACGUCCCAAUGGAAUGGCAGCGGCAGCUUCCCAGGGAGGUCCUACACAGCCGGGCCAGAAGCAAAGCCUAUCGAACAAACUCUCUGGUCUCCUCAAUAAUAUUACGGAUUCCAAGCCAACAAGGCAGCCACAGCAACAGCCUCCUAGCUCAUCGCAUGGCCUUAAUCCAGUCAUGGAGGAACAACCCGGGAACCAGAACCCAUUUGGACAAGGCUUGCGUCCUGUGACUGCCGGUGCCCCACUGAGCAGUGGUCAACAGCAGCCAAACAUGACGGGUCUCAACCCGGGACAGCCCGGUCAGCCACAGUCGGGGGCAGCUGCUCAGACUGGAAUUUCUAAGCAAGAGUCUGCGAAGCCUGGCCAGCAACCAGGCGCCCAGCCCCGUAUUGGUCUCAGUGCACAUCCCGCGCUUAUUGGAACACAGGGACCUACAACUAGACAACGCAGCGACACUGCGAACUCGAGACCUUUCACAUCUGCAUCCAACAUGCCCGCACAGCAGUCAUCGGAUGCUGAGUCCAUGAACCUUGGGCUGCCCCCUAGAACAAAAACAGGAGGCGCGCCAUCUAUUGCAGAAUCCGAGCGUAGUGCCAAGAGAGUGUCCAGCACUUCGGCUUUUCUGAGCGGUCUUUUUGGCAUCAAGGCUAGCAAAGGCAAGGAAUCAAAGUCGCAGGCUGGUCAGAGUCAGAUGACUCCUCUCAACCAGACAGGGAUAGGUGGUGGUUUGGCUCCCUUUAACGGGCCUCAGCCAGGCCAGCCAGUUCCCAUACAGCUUGGCCGUGGCAUGCCGGUUCCGGGUCAGCCGUUCUUGAUCCAGCAACAGCCGGGGCAGCCCCCUAUCGUAGUGCAGCCUGGGCCUCCAGGGGCGCCGCAGCCACAGCACACGCAGCGCAUGGUUCUCGUUCCAGGCCCCGACGGUCGAUUGGUAAUGAUGCCCAUACCUCCAGGGAUGGAAAUACAGAUGCGGCCACGGCCUGGCCUGCCUGGCCAGCAACCGUCCAUGACUCUGGUUCCUACACUACAACCACAGCAACAAGUACCAAAAGGAGCUCCAGGUGCCUCACCGCCUGCCCCUCAAGGCCCACUGGGACAGAAACCUACUCAAUGGCCGCUUGGUAGUGAUGGCUCGCCACAGCCUAAUCAGAGCCAGCAGAUGUCCGCCAACGCAACCCCGACCCAUUCUCCUCCCAUGGCCGGGGCUAACGGUUCGCAGUGGCUGGCUUCUGGUGCUCAGGGUCAAGCUGCACCUGGCUCGCUGGCGGGCAACGGUCAAUUACAACAGCAAUUCCAGCCUCCCCAGCAAGUUCCAAUUCGUGGCCAGUCUCCUGAUCAUCGCACGCUACCAUCCCAGAUGCCGCCUCCAGGCGGCUCAGUCGAUCAACCGACAGCGCUCAAUCAACCAUUUACGAACGCAGCCGCAUCUCAGCAUCCGGAACGUAAGACCGUGGGAUCACCACCGCAUGCCCAGAACCAAAACGACUUUGGAAGCACGGAGCGCGCAGGCCCCCCACCCAAGCCCAAGCACGACCGUCGUCAAUCGUCGGUCUCUUCAGCACAGCAAAGCCCCCAGCUGGUUCCACAUGACGCGUCGCACGUCAGGCGGGUCUCGACGCCAUCUGUGUCGCUCGGUCAGCAUGGCAGCCCUCCCUUCCAGCCGGCAGGUGUUUCUAUGCCCCCGGCAGCGACUGCUGCACCCGGGACACAGAGCGCACAGGCGCCAGCGAGGACAACGACAUCGCCGUUGCCUAGCCCGGGACUUGCCAACCAGACACAACAUCCUUCUACUUCUCCCCAGGCCAGUCCUGGUCUUGUGAGUCAAUUUGGUCAACUCAAUCUGGGCCAAGGUCCGCCUCAGGGAAUGCAGAUGCAAGGGCAAACACCUGGUCAAAUGGCUCCGGGUCAACAGCCACUUCAGGCGCAGCAGCCAGCCCAGCACCAACCCCUAGCGGGAAUGCAGGGCCAACAACAGAAGCCUCAAGCCUUGCCAGAAGAAUCACCCGCGAUACCAUGGCAAACCUACAACAACCAGGCACCGGCACAGGGAGGACGCAGGCCUUCGAACACGUCAGGCGCGCCGACGGAGCACCAGAGCAGCGCAUCCAGAUUCUUCAAUAAGCUCGCCGCACCUCUUGCCAACGUGGCCUCGGGUGGACCCCAGCAGCGACAGGAACAGAAGGCCGACCAGAAGGCAGAUAAAAAGAUGGAGAAGAAGGCGGAGAAGAAGAAGAGCGGCCUAGGGCUGUUCAAUAUAAAGUCCUCGAGGCAGGAGGAGCCGGUAGCUUCUCAGGCCCAAUCAGUGCCGCUUGGGCCGCCACCUGGUGGCCCUCAGUAUGGUGAUAAGGGCCCACCAACCAUGUACGGCCAGCCCAUCAACGGCCUGAACGGCGCAGCUCAACAGCAGCCGCAAGGCGCUCAACAGUCUCCUCCUGUUGGCGCUCCUGCCAUCCAAAACCAGACAAACCAGCAACCCGCAGUACAAGGCCAGCAGCAACUACAAGUUCAGGGCCAGAUGCCUAUGGGUCAACAACCGCUGCUGCAGCCAGGCGUCUCGACCACACAGGCCCAAGUUUCUGGCACCCCCAACACUGCUGGCUUUAAUCAAUCACCACCACUGCCAGGAGCUCCUUUCUACUCUCCUGGAGCUGUGCCUGAGCCGCUGUUCAAGUCCAAUCGUAAAGUGUCGCAGGUGCAACAAGAUACUUCUUCCAGUCAGCCCAAGCAGAGCUCCGCAACCCAGCCGCAAGGCAACGAGCCCACAUACGCACCCGUUGGAAUCCCCGCUGGAUACGCGACCGUUCGCAGUGAAGGAAGAAUGUUGCAGCACGGUGGUUCGCCGUACCUUGUCUCGCAUGGUUCAUUCCAGAAUCCGUAUGUUGGCCAUCCGGCCUUCCAGAGCCCUCAAAACACACCUCCUCAGCAACAACAGCAGCAGCAGUGGAGCAACUCAUCGACUCCGCCGCUCGGACAACAGCAACAGCAGCCUCAGCCUCAGCAGUAUCAACAACCUGGUAACUACCAGAUGGUUGCUCAGGGUAUGCAGGGCCAAGGUUUCAACACGACCCAGGUUCCUGGGUACAUGGGCAUGCAAAGUCAGGAACAGCAGUUUAUAAACCAACAACAACUGCAGCAGCUGGCACAACAGCAGAUGCAACAGCAAAUUCAACAGCAACAAGGGCAACAGCAGCAAGGGCAACAACAACACCAGCAGUACCCACCGCAAGUGACCUCCGGAUUCAAUCAGGUAAUUGGGCAGCCCCAGCAGCUGGCCAUGCAACAACCACAGCCGCAGCACUUUAAUGUUCAGCAAGGCGUUCCUGGCCAGCAGGGCCAGCAGCAGUACAUGGCACAGAACGUUGCGCCAUCAGUCUCGGGAGGAAAUGUCAUGAACAUGGGCGGUUUCGUGGGGUCAACACCCCCAACUCAGGGUGGACAAUUCAGCCCACCUCAACCUGGGUCUCAACAAGGUUCCCAGCAUGGCUCGCCUGCUCCAGGAACAGCGCCUUUCCACGCGCCCCAGCAGCAACAGCAGCAGCAUCAAUACCCGCAGCAGCAUAGCCACACGCCGAGUCCAUCACCCAGCCCGGCACCCAACAUGAUAUACCCAAGCGUUGUGCAGGCUGUUGGUCAGCCCGGAUCUGGGCGGCCGACUCCUUCUCAAUCACCUGACCCGGCUCAACAUCAGACUACUUCACCACCUUUGCCUCACAUCAUGCAUCCUGGUUCUCCUCACAGCUACCCGCUACCCGAGUCUGCUCGUGCCACGACCUUCUCGCCUGUCAAUCCCGCGGCCGGAGCUAUGCCAAACCCACCUCUGCCCCAGCGAAGCCAGAUGGGAAUGAUACCAGAAGGGACUGCCCAGCAACAGCCACAGCUAAAUCAACACCAGUCAAUGCAGCACCUCAAUGACGCAGAUCUCCAGCGUCAAAACAGCAUGAUUAGCCAGGUAUCGUCGGUCCACCCCGCUGGUGGUUUUGCGUCCACAAACGAAGUAUCACGCAUGACGAGUGGCGCAGGUAGCAGUGGAGGCAGCGGCGGUGGUCAGACCGCGGGACCGGUGGUUUCUUCGGCCGAGACAUCGCCCGUUCCAGAGCAGCACUCUAAAAUGGCCAGCAUCAACUCACAGCAGUCCAACCAGCGCUACGCGCAGGGCCAGUUUGAAAACAUUUAUGACACCUCGCCGCGUCUGCAGCCCAACACCCAUUCUUCUCCACCCAUGGUAACGGCUUCCCCACCACCACCUAUGCCGGUGGCCUCUCAGGCUACCUCGCCGCCGCCGCCGCCGCACGUCGUGUAUUCACCACCAGUGUCACAAACCGUGUCCCCACCGAUUCCUCAACCUGUUGGCCCACCGGUGCGUUCCACCGAUCAGCAGGCACAACAGCAGGAUCAGCCCCGGAUGCAAAACGCCUCGCCAUCUUCGCGGAGGAAUAGUGCCACUGUUGUUGCGGCUGCUGCGGCUGGCUCUAGCGUCGCGAUGAUGGACUCACAGUCCUCGGAGCCGCCGUCGCCGACAGACGAGGAGAUUAGAAAAGUCGGAGGGACGACGACUGGUCACCUGACCGUUAAUGGUGGCUCUGACGACAACGGGGCUGAUGGGAGCAACGGGGAGCUGGGACGUAAGCCGACAAUCCGGGCGACGUCGGCGGAGCAGUACGAAGAGGCCAAGCGAAAGAUGCUUCUCCGAGACUUGGAGGAGAAGAUCCCCGUCUUCAUCCAGGAGGAUCCUCCGCCAAUCAAGAAGGAGGAAGAGGCAGCGGUUCCCAAGAUGAGCGCCACUAGCUAUCCAGGUCAGGAAUGGAAUCCAUAUGGUGAUGGGUUUGAGACAUGGGAGGAUUAA